ACUCGAGAGCGUGGAUACCUGGGAACACCGCUCCCGAACUGUAGGAGACGGAUAAUUUUGACAAGUUAAUUUUGUAAUAUUUUAUUUUUGGAUUCAAAAGAUAAAUCACAAUGAUUUCAAGAACACUUUUGUUUUUGGGCCUGUUGUACGUAUGUAGUGCCCAGAUACAGGACCAAACUAGGACUCCUGGAGCCAGCGGCUCCGCUGUGGUGGAGGCCGUCAUCAACCUCAUCCAUGAGUCCUGCAUAUUCCCUAGCGACAGACUGUACCUCCGCAGGUUGGCCUACGUCGAAUCCAAGGACGGCACAGCUAACGACACAUACAGAGCAGGCUAUAAUGGUGGAAUCUGGCAGAUUGAUGAGGACCAGUUCCUCCAGACGUUGACCACUCCACUUUUGGCCAAUGCCCGAGCUCUUCUGAGGAAUACCCUAACCAUCGAUUGGUCCAACACCAGAUGGGAGGAUUUGCGCAAACCUCUGUACUCCGGGGUGGCCGCGGGUCUGUAUACCCUCCUCAUGGCCGGUUUGGGUUCCGUACCAAGCUCUGUGGAGCAGCAGAGUACCUUCUGGAUAAACAACACGAGGCAUACCUAUCUAGACGCCAACAAAUAUUACAAGGCAGUCAAUGAGCUACAGGGAGGAUGUCGCAGCUCCAAUGCGAUAGACUUGGUAUUUGUUCUCGACAGCUCGGCAAGUCUUUCUCCUGAAGAUUUUGAAAUCACCAAGAAAUUUGUAAAAGAUGUGGUUGGCCAGUUCAACAUUGGGACACAGUCUGUUCGUGUGGGGGUAGUAGAAUUCAGCACUGCUGUCUCGGCCUCUUUCCUGUUGAAUGCUUACUCCACUAAGGCGGCAGUGCAGAAGGCAGUGGACGGUAUUCUGUACAGUCCAGGUGGAACUAAUACUGCUGCCGCUAUAGACAAGACCGUCAGUGAGGUCUUCUCUACCGUCAAUGGAGCACGGAAUGGUGCAGCUAAGGUGAUGAUUUUGAUCACUGAUGGUCGGUCAGAGAACACGAAAAACACACAGAUUGCUGCCUUAAAUGCGAGAAUGAAUGGAAUCACAAUUUUUACACUUGGAGUCACACAAAGUGCCAAUAAGAUCGAGUUAGAUGGGAUUGCCAGUACUCCUAGUUGUACCCACUCACAGAUCCUUAACAGCUACGCUGACCUGGACGAUCUGAAAACUGAGAUCCAGAGUGUUUCAUGCAAAGCCGCCGCCAUCCUCACCCCUAACAACUACCAGUACAACUGUGGUAGUGACAUCAAUGUGCAGAUCCUACCAAACAUCACAGCUGGCACCACUGUCACGAUCACGCCCACUGACGGUACAGUCUCAGUAUUUGGUUCUCUGACGUCAGCAAACCCAAGUCCGGUCCUGAAUGAGUUCUACAAAAUCGCUGACAUCAAUGCUGGUCAGUCGUUCUAUGUGCGGGGUAACCGAUCUAUCGCGUUGGCCGUCAUGUCCACCUACCCCAGGAAGACAUGUAGCGGAAACUUCAACAUCACUGUAGAGGAGGGAAACAACAUCCGGCCAAAUAACAACCUGUUGUGUAUAGAAGCAGGCAGGAUCAUUGUGAAUUGCUCGGCACAAACUCUUUUCGGCAGUCAGUACAUGAUUGUCCCACCACCAUACUCUAUCCCCAACCCCUGCUCGGGCUUUGGUAUCCAGAUCUUCCCUCAUCCUCUGAGGAAUGACCGCUUCCUGUAUUGCGAUGGCCAUGGCAACGUGUUUGAAGUAUUAUGUCCGUUUAUGGAAGUAUUUGACCUCCAGGUGCAGACGUGUGUACCAGGUAUGCCGAUGACCUUCACCCUCCCAAGGACCACCAUGACCCCCUUGCCGUCAGUAACCCCACGACCAACGAACGCUGUAGUCCAGACCGGUAACCCAUGCACACCAGACAAUAUUCUCAAUGGACUGUUUUUCUUUCCAUAUCCUAACGACGAUCAGGCGUACAUUGAAUGCUAUAACCUUCCGUACGUGGCUGUGGUAAAGUUCUGCGACCCCCACCACUUCUGGGACCAGGCCACGCUCACCUGUCUUUACCGGGAGAUUGUUGUUGACCCCACCAAGGGCUCGUUUGGAUCUAAUAAUAAGCCAUGCGGAUCCGUUCCUGAUCUCUUCUUCUACCCUCAUGCGAGCGAUCCCCAGAGGUACAUUCAUUGUGACCAGUACGGAGACGCCUUCGAGAAAGUGUGCAAACCCUACUUCAUCUGGAGGCAGGAUAUCCUCAACUGCGUGCCAAGAGGUCUUUUCAUCAUGAGCACUGUUCCCGUCCCAGUUGUACCAGUAGGCAAAAAAUAGACCAACAUUCAGUGUCAUUGAGCCAUGCACUGUUGAACAGAAAGACUAAGUUACUUGACUCUGGUAGCACUGGUUUCUAAUCGGCAAACGAUGAUAUAGCACAGUGACAUUUAUGACGGAAAAAGCUUUCCAGUUAACUCAUUAUCAUUGUGACAAAUGCAUGUAAGUGAUUUUCGCUGCCUGAUGACGGUAACAAAGUUAUAUGAAGGAUGUGAUAUUUCCAGUUGUAUUCAUUUCCAUAUUAACUAGAUGACAUUGCAUUAUACAUAUGUACAGUGCUAAUGUAUGUGCAUUCAGUUAAAGCUUCGUAAUAAACUAUUGUACAACCUUAA